UCUGAAAUUUGCCGAUUUCAUUCUGAGAAAACUGUUUAUCAUUAUCAUCCAAAUUUGGUCUUUGGUGGUUCGUUUUGGAUUACUUUCAUCAUAUAAAAUGAGUUUGGCAGAUAUAUGUAAUAUCUCAGAUUAUGAUUCGAACAGAGGUACAAAAAAUGAUUUCCAUCAAAUGUGCACAAAUUUUACUAGCAACAUGAGUCUUGGAGUACCCCCAUUUGCAAAUGCAGUAGCUAACAUAGGGAACAUGGCCAAGGAUGAUAGUGGACGGUCUAUCAAAAUCAACUUUGAUCAUGGUACCACAACAUUGGGAUUCAUGUACAAAGGAGGAGUUGUUCUAGCUGUAGAUUCAAGAGCAACUGGAGGCCAGUUCAUUGGGUCUCAAACCAUGAAAAAAAUUGUUGAAAUCAAUGACUUUUUGUUAGGAACCUUGGCUGGAGGUGCUGCUGAUUGUGUGUACUGGGAUCGUGUCUUAGCUAAGCAAUGCAGAAUGUAUGAAUUGAGAAAUAGAGAAAGGAUUUCUGUUGCUGCUGCAUCAAAACUAAUGGCUAACAUGGUAUACAACUAUAAAGGAAUGGGACUGUCAAUGGGAAUGAUGUUGGCUGGUUGGGAUAAGAGAGGCCCACAACUUUACUAUGUAGACUCAGAUGGUACAAGAACUCCAGGUAAAGUAUUCAGUGUGGGUUCUGGUUCCAUUUAUGCAAUGGGUGUACUUGAUUCUGGAUACAAAUGGGAUUUGACUGAUGAUGAAGCAUAUGAUCUUGGUCGCAGAUCAAUCUAUCAUGCUACUCACAGGGAUGCCUACUCAGGAGGUAUUGUAAGGGUUUAUCACAUGAAGGAGACUGGUUGGGUGCACAUUGAUAAUAAUGAUUGUAAUGAUCUUCAUUAUAAAUACAAGGCAGAGAAGGAGGAUUUGGAGAAUACUAUUAUUUAAAUUUAUCAUUCAUUCUGUAAUUAAGGCAAUUGAUUAAACUUUUGAUAAUAA